UUAGUCGGUACAGCGGCCAGUGUUUACGCAAGCUUGUAUACUGGGAAAGGAAAUGGACCCACAGCUUAUAAGUAGAUCGAAUUUCGAAGCUUCAUAUAAUACUGACUGUCCGUCUCUGCUAGCGACUACUUGCACCAAAAAGGAACCUCGCAAAGUAUGACCACGCCUACGCAGAUCACAGAAAUGUGGAAUUCACUCUCAAGUCUCAAUGAGCCCUUUUCUCCAGACAACAUUACAUUCCUUCGCCAAUGCAUGCAUGAUCUUAAUCUUAACAUUAGCGGUAUUCCGAUGAAAUUUCGAAGGUUGAUCGAGCGCAGACGCCAGUGCGAAGCUAUCCUUCGCGGAAUCGGAUUUCGAAAGCUCCCUCCAGAGCUGAUGUCGGAAAUAUUCCUUUGUUUGACCAGGCCCGUGCUAGAAUUGAACGGAAACUAUGCGCUAUUUCCCCACUUUUUGAAAGUUCCAUUCAUCCUUUCGCGAGUCUGCAGACGAUGGCGAACAGUGGCGCUAUCGACACCAGCGCUAUGGACUCGUUUCAUGGUGAUGCUUCACGGUACAAGCCAAGCCGAAUUGGUCGAAUGCAUUCUGGAACGGUCGCGUCUACUACCGCUUCAUGUCGUUGUCAGCUCGCGCGACAAUGGUAAAAGGGCGGACAUGGAUAACUUCCUCCGUGCUAUGAACACCUUGAUCAGCAAUAUUUCUCGUCUUGAAAAACUUGCGCUAUUCAUCCUCAAUGGCGCUGAUGGUUUACCUCCUACACUCCCCCUUGUACCUCCAGCAGGAGCACCGAACAUGCGUGUAAUACAAUUUCAUAACUUGAAUUCCCCCGAACCUUCAAAAACAAUCGCCUGGCUAUCCGAACUCUUGCACGGGUCUCCAAAUUUGCAAAGUCUCUAUCUACGCUCAGCGGAAAAAAUUCAGCUGGAGAGCGCCGCCUGGGUCCAUUUACAACACUUCAAAGCUUCUUACGGGAUCCGGCUACAAGACUUGUUUGCUCUUUUUGUGUAUUGUACAGAAUUGCGGACCUGCGAAGUGCAGUUGCAUGCGCCCAUCCAGCUUGACAUAGCACCGACCACAGAAAUUGCGCUGCAACAUUUGGACACCUUGACUUUGACAAACGCUCGAGGGGAUGAUUUAAAAGCAGUGUUCCGCUGGCUGACUUUUCCUAGUCUCAAGAAGCUUACGCUGAGUGGCUUUCGCGGUGCAGAGUGGCCGGAUGAGCUUUUCUUAAACUUCUUAUCGAGGUCUAGAUUUAGCUUGAAGUCCCUUUCCCUAGCCACUCUGCUUUUCACAGAGGCAAAUCUCGUGUCUUAUCUUCAUCACCCGUCCAUUCACGAUUCGCUCGAAGAAUUGAUUAUCUACCAAUGGGGGGAGAAAAUCAAUGCAUCCUUCCUCGACUACCUUACAUUCAAGCUACCCUCUUCUUCGGAUGCAAUGCAUAAUCCACCUCCAUUCCUUCCAAAACUAUUCAGCAUUUCUCUCACCGUUGACGCCAUUGAUCAUGCAGUUGCUCUGAGGCGUUUUGUCGCUUCUCGGUGGUAUGAUAUUGCUGCAUACGAAGUUCCACUCCCUGUGGCAAGUUUAAAAUACAUUCACGUUCGCUUUAUCGUUCCUUAUGCACCCAACGUUAACGUGUCCAUCGAUGAAAUCAAGCAUGUUUUCAGUCGAAUUGCGAGAUCUCGAGGGACUGGGCUGAGAUUCGAGACGAUUGCUGUGCUUUCCGACCAGUACAACGGAAUCGAAAGGUUGACAAGUCAAUCAGUCAUUUAAGGGUAUGCAUAGGAUGAGAACAGGCUUCAUACCAGGACCUAGUAUCCAUGAAAAGGGACGGACGCUAGUGUACAUAGCGAAGAGACUCUU